AUGCCAGUUUCAGAGCAAGCACUCCCAGGAAGAUUUCCUAAUCUGAUGGCCAAUGUAGCAAAGUAUCGGUGGAGAAGUCACAGCGCAGCCUUUGUCAUGGGGCCGAAUGGGGAAACAACGGGAGGACUAAGAGAACUGGCUCUACCCGAAAUUGCACCACGGGGUCCCCUUAAACCGAGACAGCAUAGGAACACCCCUUACUCGCAAGCUCAGAGUGACAUUCACGAUACCACCAGGAGCAUUUUAGUAUGCACGUUUGGCAUGAUAACAAAAGCCGUUCCUCUCCUCUAGGACUCUGGGCCUUGGGUUUUACUUGCCCGCGAGAUCAAUAGAAGAGCCCUUCUGCUGUGUAGGAUAGAACUGAGAUUGUUGGAGUCCUAAGAAUAUGUGCUACGCGGAGACACAUCAUAGAGAACCCGCUAUCGUUUCGAAAAGUUGCCUUUGCCCUCGCAGAGGACGCCCAAGUGGCUAGGGAAGCGAAAAACACCUCGAGAGUGUUGUCUGUCGACAGACGAGGGCUGGGAAUGGUACUUGUCAAGCAUUCCACGUAGGUGGCUCACACUCAUCGAUUCUUGAAACCAGCACCGAUUCGAAGCGAGGCAUGUGCCAGCCCCAGCUGCGAAACGCAAAAACCUAAAAUUAUUUGAAAAACAGAGCUGAGUUAACCACCAAACGGUCGCUACAGCUGGUGAUGGCUUUGGAAGCCGGCGCUUACAUCGGUAUCGUAUUGAUGGGGUUAGAACGGAGAUCCGGGGCCUCCUCCCCAUACGUCGCGAUUUAA